CAAUAUACAAAACAGACAGGCAGCCGUCGUCGUCCCAUCCAUCCCCAUCGCCUCUCUCUCACACACUGCUCCUCCCUCCUUCCCAUCACACAUCCCACUCGCCAGGGCCAGAUCUCCCUCUCUUCCCCUCCUCCGCGCCAUGUCGGUGUCUUCGCGCUUCGAGCUCCGGACCUCCUCGUACCUUCACCAGCAGCAGCAGCAGCCGCCGACGCCCGUCGGAAUGGGCGGCGACGGCGGGACGUUCGCGGACGCGGGGAACCUCGAGCACUGCGCCAAGUACCUCAACCAGACGCUCGUCACCUUCGGCUUCCCGGCCUCCCUCGACCUCUUCGCCACUGACCCCGUAUCAAUUGCAAGAACGUGCAACUGCAUGUAUGCACUGCUGCAGCAGCGCCAGAGAGACAUUGAAUUCCGGGAAUCAACCAAUGAUCUGCGGCAGCGUAUGCAGUCUGAUAUUUCAAGGCUGGAAGCCAAGAUCGAAAGAAUGGAUGCCCAAUUAGCAGCGAAAGAUCGAGAGCUAGCCACUUUGACCCGAACGGAGGCCAAGAACUCUGCAGCUUUGAAAGCUCAGAUUGAAAAGCUGCAACAGGAACGCGAUGAAUUUCAGAAAAUGGUUAUUGGAAAUCAGCAAGUACGCACCCAACAAAUUCAUGAAACAAAGAAGAAGGAAAAGGAAUACAUCAAAUUGCAGGAGAAGCUAAACCAGGUACUCAUGGAGAAGAAAAAGGAAUCAUCACGUUCAGGAAUAGAAAUAAUGAACUUGUUACAGAAAGAGGGACGACAACGAGGAACAUGGACUGCAAAAAAGAAUGACAAUGAUUAUUACAAAAUGAUUGUUGAUGCAUAUGAAGUGAAGAAGCAAGAACUGGUUCAGGAGAAUGCUGAUUUGCGGGCUCUGCUACGCUCAAUGCAGAUGGAUAUGCGUGAGUUUCUUAAUGCUCCAAAUGGAUCGUCACAGCCUGCUGUUGUUGGUAAUGGAAAGCAGGACGCUGGAUCUCCCCAGUCCCCACUUGGGGGCAAGACGGACGUCUUUGACUUGCCCUUUCACAUGGCCAGAGACCAGAUAGAGGAGAGUUUGCGCACAAAAAUGGCUUCAGUAAAGGCACGAAUGACACAACUUCAAGAUGCUCAAAAAGGUGCUGAAGUGACCUCAGAAGUCACUGAGCGGGAACUUGAGCUUGAAGCUCAGCUAGUUGAAGCCAGAAGCAUCAUCCAAGAGCAGGCGUCAAUCAUGUCUAAGCAUUUCUCCAAGUCUGAUAAACCAAGCAGGAGGUUAAGCGGCCUGGAUGGUGAGCGUGAGGCGACAACAGAUGCGUAAACAUAUGUUCCUGGUGAUUUCAAUCUUGAGGCUGCAAUGCACGUCAAUGUCGACCUGUGAUGUUGGUCUCUUGUGUUUGUAACUGCCGCAGUAUAGCCAAGGAUAAACCUGUUCUUGCCAUGGUAGCAUGAGUCCUGCCGCAGCCUUUGUAGUAUGAUGUGCAGGAGCAUCUCAUCCACCGUCGCUAACUGGUAAUCCCUUAGGAAUGACAGCCUAGCUACUGCUACUUAUCUCUUAUGGAAUGAACCUACUAGUCUUGCAGAGAAUUAUUUCUUGGCACUUCCAAAUAUGCACUCAGUUGUCUUAGAAAUGUAAAUUGCACCUGGCUGUAUACCCCUGCUAUUUUCAGUUUGGUCAACUGCUGUUGUUGCACACUGCAAGGGCAAUUGGUACUCGAAGUGCGCAUGAUCACAGAUUAAGGGUAUGUAAAAAAUGGGCCUGUGUAAGGACAUAGCCAUAUCUUGAGUCUCAUGCUGGAGACUCGAGACGGAACUAAUAGCUACUGAUGUAGCAGAUGUCUGUAUCUUUAUACAUCUCCUAAUGCAUCCCAGGCUUUGCAUGGAA